UUUCCAUGAAAGGAAAAAUAAAUAAAAUCAUACAGAUGUUUAAGAUACUACUUAUUUAUCAAACCUUUAAUGUUAUUUUUUAUUAAUAUUAAAUACAUAAAAAAAUUAAAAAAGCAAAAGGAUUACAGUAAACAGAAGUAGAAAAGCAGAAUGCGAAACAAAAAAAAUACUAAACCAAUAUUAUGUGCAGUUUAUGUUUUAUUUUGAAUUAUUAUUCGGUGAAUUAUUCAGUGAAAAUUAUAACGGCUCAUAAAGUGCGAAGGCAUAUUAUUAAUUUUUAAUUGCAGCAACAAUGAAUAAUCACACUUAUAACCUAGGAAGAUUUGAUCUUGAUGUUGAAACGCCUAGGACAACAAGAUAUAAUAGGCAUAGAAGACGGGAAAGAGACGUUUCUUCAUCAGAUUCAAGUAUUGAAAAUCAGAGGUGGUGAGACAACUAUGCUGUGAGAAUUAAAUUAACAAUUUUCUCUUUUUGAAUAAAAUUAUGCAACAAAAACUUUUGAGCAUAUAGACUUUUAAGAGUGUAUUAUUGUAUUAAUUAAACAAUAUGUUAUAUGAAUAAAUAAAAUUUCUGUCCAGUAAGUUGCAGAAGUUUUGCAUGAAAUUGAUAAAUCUUCUGUCAGUGAUGAAUCUACUACAUCUCAGUCAUUACCAGGAUCUCCUGUAGCAAUACCUGUUUUGUCGCCAAGAAAUGAAUCAGAAUCUAGUUUGUCACCUGCUCUUCAAGUAAUCUCUGCUUCUCCUGAAUCAACUGAUAAUGAUGAAGGUUACCCAAGAGAUCGACGUGAGCAAUUGCUCCACGAGCAAGAUGAUGAUUACGCGAGUGACGAAGAUAUCUUAGAAUAUCAACCCAUUUUUGAUGAUCCACUAAUAAAUGGAAACGAUGUCCAAAAUCGAUUACAUGAUAUUUUAAACGACGAUGAUGUAAAUGAAAUAAUCGACGCUAGAGCAAACGUAACUAAAGCAGAAAUAUUUUUAGCAGUAUUAAAGUUUUCGUUGAUUUAUAAUUUGCCACAAUCUGCAAUAGCCGAUUUGUUUAAAAUGUUAAAUAUUUUUUUGAAUACUUCCGUUUUGCCUCAAUCAAGAUACUUAAUUGAUCAAAUUUUUACCUCCGAAAGUAAUAUUGAUUAUCAUGCAUUAUGUCCUAACUGUAAAAAUUAUGUCAGGCAAUUUAAUCGUGAAUGGAAACAGAAUUAUAAUGCACGUUGCGAUAACUGUAAUUUACAAUUCUCUUUAACCGACCCCACUUACAGAGAUUUUUUCUGCAUAAUGAAUCCCGAAGAAGAAAUAGCUCAUUAUAUUGAAGACCACUGGAAUUAUUAUCAAUCCGUAGUUGAAGCACGUUCUGUUGAUUCAGAAGAUAUAAAUGAAUUUCAUAGUGGCUUAUUGUAUAGACAAUUACGAAAUUCUUUACCAGAUGACCGAAAAAAUAACUUUAUAACUGCAAUUUUCAACAGUGAUGGUUCUCCAGUAUUUGAAAGCUUUGCUUUUUCUAUUUGGCCAAUACAAAUAAUGAUCAAUGAGUUGCCUUUCAAAGUAAGAACUUCAAAACCAAUAGUAUGUGGUUUAUGGUUUGGAAGAAAAAAGCCAGAUAUGGAUAUGAUUCUGGAACCAUUUGUUACUCAGAUGAAUAUAUUCUCAGAUGUAGGCAUUUCAUGUAUUGUAAGAAACAGACUUCAUACUAUUUAUGUGUAUGCUAUUUGCUCUUGUGAUGAUUCCGUGGCUCGCGCUCCCAUGCAGGGAGUUACUCAAUUUAAUGGUUAUUUUGGGUGUAACUGGUGCUUACAUCCUGGGUAUUACAUUGCGGUAGGUAGAGGUGGUAGCGUUAAAUACAUACUAUUGGAUGAACCUGUACGCGAGAGAAAUCAAGUUGAUACUUUGCGAGAUGCGCAACAAGCGAUAGCUUCUGGUUAAUCUGUUAAUGGUGUUAUAAAAGAAUCGGUUCUCACACGCCUGAACUACUUCAAUAUUGUAUCAGGGUUCGUUCCCGAUCCGAUGCAUUAUAUCGAUUUAGGUAUCGGCAAGCAAUUUAUAAAAUAUUGGUUUGAUACAAAAAAUAUGCCAUAUUCACUCACUAAUGCAGAAAUUGAUUACAUCGAUAAUACUUUGAAACAAAUAACCAUAACCGUCCCUAGUAAGCUAAUACGAAACUCUCGUUCUAUACGAGACCGAAAUUAUUGGAAAGCAAAGGAAUUUCAAAAUUGGAUAUUGUACUAUAGUACACUUGUUCUUUUCAUGAUUCCCCGAAUGAAAUGCUACGCUAUACAUUGGUCUUAUUUAGUUAGAGCAUACUAUAUUCUGUUACAAAAUAACAUAAGUCGAAACUCAAUUCGUGAAGCACAUCGUUUAUUAACAAUAUUCGUGGCUCUAACAGAGUUUUAUUAUUCAAGAGGUGCAAUGACUUUCAAUGUUCAUCAGCUACUUCAUACAGCACAAUGCGUUAUAAAUUGGGGCCCCUUAUUCUAUCACUCCGGGUAUGGGUUUGAAAACGGCAAUGGAAAUAUUGUGAAAUUGGUACAAGCUGCGAAAGGUGUUCAGUAUCAAAUCGUUCGAAUAAUCGGUAUGAACAGAAGUGAUCGAAUUCUAACAAAAUUUAUGUUACGUAACAAUCCUGAUUCAGAAGUCCUAGAAUAUGUUAGAUAUUUAGAAACAAGAGAGUGUGGAAAAGUAUGGACUACUAAUAUUGGAAGAUAUUUUGGGAUAUUUUCUCGUCUAGCGCCGAGGUGGAAAAGAGAAUUAAAUUUAUCCGAUGCAGCUAUAGUCUACCGAAAACUAAUAAAGAUGGAAUGCGUAUAUUUGUCCUGUAACACUGUUAGACUGCGAUCAAACAAUUCUUUUGCAAAGAUAAUUGACGGUAAUUUUGUGCAAAUUGUUUUUUUCAUCGUUGACAGAUUACACCAGCGGGAGUACACUGUAUAUAAAGUUGUAGAUGUUGAGGAUAUUUUUGAUAAUAAUUUAGCUGAAUUUCAAAUAAAAAGGAUAACAGCUAUUAAUGAAGAAUUAAGAGCUGUACAUACUAACAACAUAGAUAAAAUCUGUGUUUACAUAAAUUGUAAUGACGAGAGAUAUUUAUGUGCUACACCAAAUAUGUACUUCUAUUAAACAAUCCGAGCUGUAUUCUUAAGAAAAAUGUAUAUAAAUUUAUUGUCAAAGUAUUUUAAUGAAAACUGGUCAUAAAAUUAAUAUUCUUUUAUUAUAUUUGUAAAUAAAAAUAUUCAGUAAUGUAACAGUCCAGUCUGAUUUGUCUCCUAUUUUCUUCUGCAAAUUAGCAACCCGUCAUACACAAGAUAAUCAAAGAAAAGCGGUAAUGGAGCAAAGGCGCUUUUCUCACGUAUAUGAAAAUGUGUUAGGGCAACUCUGCGAAAACAUUACCAUAUAAGGAGCGUGACGUCACGACCGUGGGAAAAUUUAUUGUUUACGAUAGAAAAUCGACAAUUAUAAAGUUUUUCAAAUGAACAAAAGUAUUUUUUAGUCAAUUUUGAUGCGCUGAUCCUGAAUUUCAUGUUGUUAUAACUCUCAAGUCGAUAUUUGUUAGUCAAAUUUAAUCUAGAAGUUGAUAUUGUUAAUUAUUUUGCAAUAAACAAUUAUAUUGUUAUUUCGAGUAUGCGUUUACAACCUCGACGUAUUGAGACAGAAAAGCAAGAAUUUGACACUUUGAUAACUAAUUAUUCACUAAAUUAUCAAUAAAUAAAAAAUUUAUAAUUUUUUUAAACAAUAAAAAUUGCAUUGUUAGAUGUCGAAUCGAUCAUACAUUGAUACAAAAUUAAUGAUUUUGACUGU